GCAAACAUCUGUGUAAUGAUUUAUCAGUUAGCAGUGGGAAGAAAACAGCAAGAGGACUAGACAGAACCGCCAAACAGACAGACAUUUCAUGAACUUGAAGCUUCUUCCAUUUGAAAGUUGAUCUGCGACUGAAUCCAACACUAUGUUCCACGUCCUGCUGUUGCUCUGUGCAGGUCUUUCCCUGUCUACCUGCGACAUCACUGUUCUGCAAUACUCCAGUAUUUCCCUUCCUUGUAUUCCUGACGAAGCCCCUACGCUGGCUGACUCAACAUACACCUGGAGCUUCACGUCUGCUGAGACACAGCAGCAGCACAUACUGGAGGUGAAUGAUAACAUCUUGAACCUCAGAAGCAUGAAUACCAGUGACAGCGGACAGUACAAGUGCGUGCAGGAAGGCUAUAAAGGAGAGAUUCGUGUGAGGUUGAGCAGAACAUUCUCAAUACGUGUGGAAGUACCCCCAGCCUUUCAGGAAUGGCAGGUCAUCAAAGUAGAAGCAAAAAAUGAUGUCACGCUUCCGUGCCAGGUUGCUCAAUCUUUCUCUUCCAGAGACACCAAAUCACCCCCUGUUGUCUGGAAACGAGAUAAAGGUGAGGUGCUUCCCAAAGACACAGAUGACCAAGAGAAAAACAAGACAGCUCAGAGGGUUUUCUGGGACACCAGGCCUGACGAACAGGACUGGGCGAUUAAAAUUACAGAGGUCAAAGAGGAAGAUGCUGGGAUGUACCAGUGUGUCAUAACAAAUUCAUCUCAGAUGCUGUUGGUGGAGCUCGAAGUGCAAGGCCCUCCUCCGCCCCGCUGCCUUGGCCACACUGACCCAUGGGAGGAGUGUUUGGAAAAAGACAGCAGAUCAGGGACGGCAAUUCUGCAGGAAUCACUCAAAGAAUUCUCCACCAUUGUGUACAGCAAACUUAAAGGUUCACAACCCAAAACCAACCUGAUCUUCUCCCCAGUCAGCAUUGCUGCAGCUCUUUAUAACUUGCUAUUGGGUGCUCGAGCUGAGACCAGAACACAGUUGGAACAGGCUCUCAAGCUUCCUACAGAAUUCUCCUGCUUGCAUUUUGAAAUGAAGAAAGUGAAAGAAGUGAUCAAGGACACACUGAGCAUGACCUCUGCCAUGUUUUAUUCCCCAGAGGAAGAGUUGGCAGAAGCUUUCAUCAACCAAUCACUGGAGUUCUAUGAUGCCAAGCCACAGCAGCUGACCAAUGACAGUGUUCUAAACGUGAAGCUCAUCAAUGAAUGGGUGGCAGUUAAGACAAACAGCAAAAUCACUGAGUUAAUUAAAGAGGUGGAUCCCUCCGCCUCGUUUGUUCUGUUAAAUGCCGUCUACUUUAAUGGUAAAUGGAAGACAUUAUUUGAGUCCACAAACAAACCGGAAAUGUUCACCAUGUUUUCAGAUGAGGUCAAAAAUGUGAUGACGCUCUACAGCACUAAAUACAGCCUUCAAAUGGGCUACUUCAGAAGUUUAAAGGCUGAGGUUGGAAAGUUCCCUCUUACAGGCAAAAACAGCCUGUACAUACUGCUCCCGCCCACAUCAUCAGAAAGAGACUUCUUAUUGAUGGAGAAAAAUAUAAACUACGGAAAUAUUAAAGAAAUGGUUUCUGAGAUGAGCAAAAUGCCAAUCCAAACUGCUGAGGUCACACUGCCUAUAAUUAAACUGAAAGAGACCACACUGUUGGAGGACUUACUGUCAAAUAUGGGUGUUUCAGAACUCUUCAUAAACCCUAACUUCUGUGGAAUGUUUCCGGGGGAACAAGAAUCAUUUGUCUCAGACAUUCGUCAUAGCGCCUUUCUCUCGCUCACGAAGAAGGGAGUCGAGGCCGCCGCAGCCACAAGCAUUUCUUUUUCUCGCUCUUUCUCUACCUUCUCUGCUCUACGGCCCUUCGUUCUGAUGCUGUGGAACGACGAGGCUGACAUUCCUCUUUUCAUGGGAAGAAUUAUUGAUCCGUAAAGAGAGAGAGAGAGAGAGAGAGAGAGAGAGAAAAAGACAUCACAGUAAUGUUCUGUCACAAAAAAAAAAAAAAAAAUACUGAAACUUUCUGUUGUACAUUCAUUCAUUUAUCACAAACAAAUGCAAAUGUAACAAUAUCAUGUUAUGCAUAGAAUCAGAAUGCAUGCAGAAUCUCUGUCAAUAAAGAUGUACUUUACUUCA